AUGCCAAAGAAAACAUAUAUGCCAAAUCAAGAUGAUCAUGCUUUUCUUGAUCCUGAUGGUGUUUUGGCAGGUUCGAAUGAUCAAAGCCCGCCAAGGGUAACAGUAGAGAAGGAGAUGAAUCAAGGUUCUUCCGUGGAUAUUCAAGCCCCACCAAAAGUAGGACAAGGAGAGGAUGCACGAGAGCAUACAGCUAAUUACUACUCUUGUAGACAGUGUGAUCUAUUGUUCCCAUCUGCACAAGCAUUGGGUGGUCACCAGAACGGCCAUAGGAAUGUGCGAGAUUAUGCCAAAAGACUAAAAAGGAACGAGGGCAUAGCAUUGAGUUAUGGUGAUUAUCCUUAUAGUGCCAUUGGAUACCAUCCCCAACUUGGGAACCCAUUCUCUAAGCCUGCUGUUCCAAACAUCCAAAAUCCAAGGUCAACCACAGAGUUUACUGUGCGGCGCCAAUCUUCUGUUAUGUUUAACAGCACACAGUUUUCAGUUUAUGGCAGACCAGAAAGGAAUCCCCACUCAGGGAAUUAUGGUAAUUCUAUCGGGAGUGCUGAUAACUCUACGGGGAUAGUUGGUGGCAGAGGAUCAAUUGGUAGAACUGAUGAUGUAGGCUUGCUAAGGUCAUAUGAAAAUAGCUGUAUAUCAGCUGGUGCCUUCGAGGCUGCAGGUACUAGUGCUGGGACUAAUUGA